UAAAAGCUGUUAUUGCUUUGUUUCCCAGUCUAGUGCAAGCCAGAGAGCCUCAACUUUUUUUCCCCUUAUCUCGAUCUACAAUGAACGUGGACCAUGGUUCUUCUGUCCUAACAAUCACAUAUGGUUCAAGAAGAUCAAGAAGGUAAAAAGUGGACGAUCAGAUCUCAUCUUCUUCUCGGUAAAUAUGCUGUGAAUUCAAUCAAACAUAUGGCAUUAGCACACACCCACGCAUAAACCCUUUUGUGACCUUUUAGAUUUUUUUUUUCAAUGUAAAACUGAGAUGGGUUUUGCUUAAAACUGAAUGUUUUCAAUUCAAUAUUUAAAUCAUUGAUUUUUUUCAUACAAAAAAGCAAAUAUUAUUGAUGUGUGUGUGAAGAGCUCAUGCAUAUCAGGCGAUGGGAAAAAACGAACACAAACAAAGAGGCAUCAGAAAUGUAGUCAUAAAAUGACACUGCGUGAUAUCAUAUUACAAGGGUCUGAACCACAGUGACCAGAACUGAGCAAAGCAGUUAGCAAGUGAUGGCGUUUUCCAUAUUUUUAACACUCGCUUGAAGCUUCCUCUCCUUCACUUUCUGAGCCUCCAAAGCCCCAGCUGAAAAGAUGGAGAAAUGACACGUUGCAAAAGAUGUAUUCCCACACAACUAUAAACAUACCUUCCAAAUUUUAAAACUCCAAAAAUAGAUUACUUGUUCUUCCUUCUUUAAUUCAUUGGCAAUAUGAUUUGCGUCGUAUAGAUUCAAGCAAUACCUAGCUAGAGGCCAUACAUCUAGAGAGAUCAGAGAUGGAGGAGCUUGAUGCACCAAUACAAAUUGAUGAAACACACAUUAUUAAUCAUUAACUCAUAUGGGUUUUGAAUUUUCUCAAAAGCUUCACCUGCUCUGUCUCAUUUCCUAUAUUCUUGUUGGCAUGGACCAUCAUCGCCUAUUAAAUCAUUCACUAUGCUUACAAACUCGAGUUAGGUUUUUUUCUUGCUUUGACUAACCAGAAAUUAACAAAGACAGAGAGGGUAUUCACUUGAUCACUUCAAGAGAGAAAUGAAUAUCAUACCCCUUUUUUUUAAUUCUCGCUUAAGAUAAGCCAUGACCAUAGUAAGGCAAGUAAGCCCAAAGCUGAGUAGUGGUGAGCACAAUUGUAGCAUCAUCUGACAUAACUCCAUGCAUACGUGAACUCUAAGAUAGCAUCGGAGGGCCGAACUCCACUCAAAAUUUUCACAUGUCAGCAAACACCACAAAAGUUUUGCAUUUAUAAUGUGUAUUUCUUAUUUACUUUAAAAAAGGUUUAAUACUUGUAGUUAAUUAUAUAUUAUUGAAAUUGCUGGUUAAAAUGUAAUAUACUGAAGAAAAAAAAAUUAAUUUGAAGUUUUUUUUUGUAUAUAAGACAAGAUAGGUUGGGUUGAAAGUUGUAAAACUCAAAACCCUAAUUUCUACUAAAAGAGAAAGAGCCCCCUCCCCAUCGACCCGUUUUCAUCUUCCUUAGGAGACACAAAACUUUUAUUCUUCCCCUUGGGAUCGAAACAACAAUGAUGACAUUCCAUCUUCCGGCAGAUUUAGAAGAAGAAAUACUAUCUAGGGUUCCGACCACAUCUCUGAUGCGAUGGAGAUCUAUUUGCAGACGAUGGAACACUUUAUUCUUCGAAGACCAAAGAUUCUCCGAGAAGCACUUUCGUAACGCUCCAAAGCAGCCUCUCGUUCUCAUGUUGACAGAACAUAGGCUUUUUUUUGCGAGCGUAGAUCUGAAGUUUGUUCCUCCUUCAAUAGAAUUUAGCGAUGCACUUAGCCUAAGAGAUUAUACUGUUUCAGAAGAUGCCCAUAUACACUCAGUUUCUCACUGCGAUGGUUUGUUGCUAUGCACCACCUUGGACGAUGAACUCGUGGUUUGGAAUCCUUGUUCAGGGCAAACAAGGUGGAUCAACGACACCGAUGGUAGCAUGUUUUUCCCUGGCGACUCUAGGUUUACGUUAGGAUACGGAAACAUUAACCAAUCUUGCCGCAGCUACAAAAUUUUGAUGUUUUACCAUAUAAAUUACGACUACGAUCACGUCCAAGAUGAAGUAUUUGAACUCUAUGAUUUAAACUCUAAUUCGUGGAGAGUUCUUGAUGCUCGUAUUAAUGCUCGUAACUGCAUCAGUAACGAGUCUCAUGGUGUGACUUUGAAAGGAAAUGCUUACUGGAUUUCUUCUGAUGGCGAAGAGGAGGGCGACUUACUCAGUUUUGAUUUUACGAGAGAGAGAUUUAGACGUUAUCGUUUUCCUCUCACAUUUAGGAGUUGUCGUUAUCGGGCUCUGUCAGUUGUUAGAGAAGAACUCUCAGUGUUACGUUGGAUUGAUUCAAAUAUGGAGAUGUGGGUGACCAAUAACAUGGAUAUUACUUGUGAAUCAGAUUUGUCAUGGACCAAAUCCUUUGCAAUGGACUUUGUAUUAAAUAUUUAUACGAGUGUUUUAAUCGACGAAGAUAAGAAAGUGGCCUUGUGUGAUUCACCUCAUGAGCAAGUUGCAUUCACUAUUGGAGAGGAAGAUGAAUAUUACUCAGAGAUCCCUUUUGAAAGAGCGCGUUCUAGACAUGAACAUAUUUUCAACUAUGUUCCAAGUCUGGUUCAGUUCCCCCAGCAAAGUAUUGAGUCAGAUGAUUUUGGCAAAUUUCAUCGUGGAAGAGGGUUGGGUCAUAGAAGACGACUUAGUAAUGGAACGUGGGAUAAUGACAACAUGUAUUUACCAGAGAUUUACGAUGGCAUGAUGUCCGAAGAAGAUGACGAAUGUGACUGGCUGGAGAUAGAGUGCACUGAUUUUAGCAAUAGCCGAGGUCGUGGAAGCCGAGGUCGUGGGUGGAGGAAGACGAGAUAUGUUACCUUGUAACGCAAGGUUCAUCGGUAAUAUUACCAUUGCGGAUAGCAAGUAUGCCAAUGAAGAUGGGUUUGAAUCAGAAGGCAUUCCACUUUUAGACGCCAAGAAUCGCUCAUGUUAUCAUAAAAGCGUUAUUGCUUUGUUUUCUGGUCUACUACAAGCCAGAGAGCAUCAACCUAUUUUUCCCUUAUCUUGAUCUACAUGGACCUUGGUUCAUAUGUCUUAUCCAAUACUGAUGGUUCAAGAAGAUCGAGGAAAGUUAGAAGGAGGACGAUUGGAUCUUCUUUCUUCUUCUCAGUAAAUAUGCUGUGAAUUCAAUCAAAGCAUAUGGCAUUCGCACACACCCACUCAUAAACCCUUUUGUGACCUUUUAAGAUCUUUUUGUUAUAGAACAGAGAUGGGUUUUGCUUUAAAACCGAAGGUUUACAAUUCAAUAUUUGAAUCUUUGACUUUUUUAUUUAGUUCUUCUAUUUUCUCCAUUGGUUGGUUUAAACUAUUUGAAAAAAUAGAGAAUUUGAAAGUUAGAAAACACAUGGUUAGUCAAUUGGUUUGAAGAAAUAGUAUAGUGAUGAGAUGAGGUGGAGUUAUAACAUUGAUGGUCACAUAUAGAGACAAUGUUUUAUGUUCAUCUUUCCACGAUCAAUCACUCCGCUGGUAGAUGAGAUGUUAACUCGAAACUGCGCUAUGUCCUUCUCAAUCAACUUCUUCUUUAUACAUUUCAUAACUUAGAGAGUCAAUCACCAAUUUAAUUUAAUUUAACUAUAUAUACAACAACAGCACACAGUCUCUUAUCUUUAAAAUCUUUCAACAUUCCGCAUUUAUGUUAACUGUAAUCCGAUUUGAAAAUCACAAAUGGAGGAAUACGUGUUCACCUAUAAAAUAAAAACUACCUAAAAUGGAAAAUUACAAUCUACUCAUUUAGGAAAUAAUAUUGUAUAAAAUUAUCUACAAGAGACAAAAAAUUAAUUUGUUACCAAAAUACAAUAAACUCAACCCAUAUGAAAAAGAUCGCCAUAAUUACAUAUUUUCAAAUAAACCCAAAUAUUCCUCUGCACAUCAAAAGAGAAAAAAAAAGGGGAGAAACUUGUUGUAGCAGUUGAGCUAGAAAAAAAGAGACAGAACA